CAGCCUUCCGAUUGGUUGCAAAUAGACAGUCUGCGCGCGCGUUGGUACUGUUGGCGGGAGUUCCUACCGCCUCUGCCGGCGCCCAAAUUUCCCGGGCCGGCGCCGCGGGGCCUGCCUGGAGCCGCUGGGAUUGUUGUUCUCCUGGCGGGCGACAGCCGCGGCGGACUGCGACAUGCAGAGCACAGAACUAGGCAACAAGGAGAGUGGCAAGAUAUGGCACCGCAAGCCAUCCCCGGCCACUCGAGAUGGAAUUAUAGUGAACAUUAUUCACAACACUUCUGAUUACCUUCCCAAAGUUUUGCGAUUUUUGAAUAUGGCUUUUGAUAACUCAGGUGAUUGCUUAAUUGCUGGGGACCAUCAAGGAAAUAUCUAUGUUUUUGACUUGCAUGGAAACAGGUUUAAUCUUGUUCAGCGAACAGCACAAGCUUGCACAGCUCUGGCCUUUAAUCUUCGUAGAAAAUCUGAAUUCCUUGUGGCAUUAGCUGAUUAUUCUAUUAAGUGUUUUGAUACAGUCACCAAGGACCUAGUUAGCUGGAUGAGAGGACAUGAAUCUUCAGUGUUUUCGAUCUCUGUACAUGCAUCGGGGAGAUAUGCCAUCACUACUUCUUCUGAUACAGCACAGCUAUGGGACUUGGAUAACUUUCAGAGGAAAAGAAAGCUGAACAUUCUCCAGUCUGUGGGUAUACAAAAGGUCUUCUUUCUACCAUUAAGUAAUACCAUCCUCAGCUGUUUUAAGGAUAAUUCCAUCUUCGCCUGGGAGUGUGAUACUCUUUUUUGCAAAUAUCAAUUGCCAGGUCCACCUGAAAGCUCUAAUAUAUUAUACAAAGUGUUUGCUGUGACCAGAGAUGGUCGAAUUCUGGCUGCUGGAGGUAAAUCAAAUCAUCUUCAUUUGUGGUGCUUGGAAGCUAAACAGCUCUUUAGAAUUAUCCAGAUGCCUACUAAAGUUCGAGCCAUUCGCUAUCUAGAAUUUCUUCCUGAUAGUUUUGAUGCUGGUUCUAAUCAGGUUCUUGGAGUACUAAGUCAAGAUGGAAUUAUGAGAUUUAUUAAUACGCAGACUUGUAAGCUUCUCUUUGAAAUUGGGAGCCUUGAUGAAGGAAUUAGCUCAUCAGUGAUUAGCCCACAUGGUCGGUAUAUUGCAUCUAUUAUGGAAAAUGGGAGUCUGAACAUAUAUUCAGUUCAGUCUUUAACACAGGAAAUAAACAAGCCACCUCCUCCUCUAGUGAAAGUGAUUGAAGAUUCACCUAAGAAUAAACUGAAUUCUGGUAAUCUUAAGGUGAAAGUGACGUCGGGAAGAGUACAGCGGCCAGCAAAAUCAAGGGAAAACAAAAUACAAACAAGAAUAUUAAAACAAGACCUGACUGCCCAUUUUGAAAAUAAAGAGAAUGAGUUGUCAGAUGGAUUAAGCAAAAAGCGCUUACAAAUCUUAUUAAAAGGCUAUGGUGAAUAUCCAAUGAAGUACAGAAUGUUCAUUUGGCGCUCUCUGCUACAACUGCCUGAAAAUCAUACUGCAUUUAGUAGCCUAAUAGAUAAGGGUAUUCACGUGGCAUUUCUCACCCUCCAGAAAAAAUACCCCAUCAAAAGUAGGAAACUACUCAGAGUAUUACAGAGAACCCUGUCCGCUUUGGCUCACUGGUCUGCCAUCUUUAGCGACACACCGUAUCUUCCACUCUUGGCAUUUCCGUUUGUAAAGUUAUUCCAGAACAACCAACUCAUCUGUUUUGAAGUUGUUGCUACUCUUCUAAUCAAUUGGUGUCAACACUGGUUUGAAUAUUUUCCUAAUCCUCCUAUCAAUAUUCUUAGUAUGAUAGAAAAUGUUUUGGCGUUUCAUGACAAGGAACUGCUGCAGCACUUCAUAGAUCAUGAUGUAACUGCCCAGCUCUAUGCAUGGCCUCUUCUUGAAACUGUGUUCUCAGAAGUACUGACAAGAGAGGAGUGGCUAAAAUUAUUUGAUAAUGUCUUUUCCAACCAUCCUUCAUUCCUCCUGAUGACUGUGGUAGCCUACAACAUAUGUUCUAGAGCUCCUUUGCUCAACUGUAAUCUUAAAGAUGAUUUUGAGUAUUUUUUUCAUCAUCGGAAUAACCUGGAUGUAAGUGUUGUGAUUAGAGAAGUUUAUCAUCUCGUGGAUACCACGCCUCCUGAUAUCCAUCCUGACAGCAUGCUUGAUGUUUUUGUGGCCCUGACAAAAGGACAAUAUCCAGUAUUUAAUCAAUAUCCGAAGUUUAUUGUGGACUAUCAGACACAGGAACGAGAAAGAAUAAGGAAUGAUGAAUUGGAUUACCUAAGAGAGAGGCAGUCAGUUGAAGAUAUGCAAGCUGAAGUAGACCAGCAGAGAAUUGAAGAUGAAGCCUGGUACCAAAAACAAGAACUGCUUCGUGAAGCUGAAGAAACAAGGAGAAAAAUGCUCUUACGAGAGGAGGAAGAAACGAUACAACAAAGACAGAAACUAGCUGCUAUGAGGAGAGAGUUGAAAGUAAAGGAAAUGCACUUACAAGAUGCUGCAAGAAGGCGCUUCCAGAAAUUUCAGCAAAGUCAGUGUGAAACAGAACUAAGAAGACUGAAUGAUGAAAUUGAGAGAAAGGCACAUCUGAGAGAUCGAGAAAUUGCUCCCACAGCCAAGGACCUAGAAAUGAGACAUCUGGAACUCGAAUCCCAAAGAAGACUUUAUGAGAAGAAUCUUACUAGAAAUCAAGAAGCUGUUGCAAAAGAAAUGAGAGAAGAUACAGAUGCCCAUAGACGAAAAGUGGAUCUUGAAGAACACAUGUUUCAUAAACUCAUAGACACAGAUCAAACACUGAAUGAAAAAACUCAGAAGUUAAUUGAAGAAAAUUUGGCGGAAGCUGAACAAGCAUGUCUAAAUACUGACUCGCGGAUUUGGGCUUUACAUAAACAAAGAUGUGAUAAUCUGCAACAAAAUGAAUGUUACAAGGAUAUGGCCAAACUCCUUCAAAAAAACAGAAAAGAAAUAGAAGUAUUAAAUGCAGUGAUGGGGGAGGAAGCUAAAAAGUGGGAGGAAGCCAAAGAAAAAGACUUUAUCUUGAAAUCAGAAAAGAAAGCGUCAGCUCUUUCAGAUGCAUCUAGAAAGUGGUUUCUAGAGAAAGAGAUAAGUGAUGCUUCAGAACAUGCUGAAUAUCCAUAUAAUCAAGUAGUGACCAGGUACCGAAACAAACAGGCCACCUCGAGUUGUUUGCCUGGAACUUCACAAUUACAUGAUGCUUCCAGGACGGAGUCCGCAACACGGAGUGAGUUGAUAAGCAAGAAAUGCUUCUCCUGUCAUUUUAAAGUCAGCAAUAUUUAAGCAAAUCGUGGCUUAAAUUACAUUUACAGCAAGUUGAUACCAUUUUCCCAGGGCAUUGACAGUGGAAAUAUCAAAAUGGAGGCAGCUGGAUUCUCAGAUUUCCAGCUGGGGGAAAAACUGGAUCAAACUGAAACCCAAGUAAAGAAUGUUUGCCAAGUCUCAUUCAGAGCUGUGCCAUUUCUUUAGCCCCUGGACCUCUGCCCAAAAACAUAGUCAGAGGACACAGAUAUCUGUCACUAAUCAAAGUGAUGAUACUCAUAACUAUUUUUUAUGUCCUUAUGCAGAGAAAAUCUCAGCAUUAGUUUUCAAAGCCAUUGCAUACUUGAAUUUUCCUGACUCUGCCCUUCUGGGCUGGGUUCUGUUCAACAGCCAUUGAAAACAUGUAUUUGCCCUAGGCACUGUGGUGGACUGCUGGGAUGCUCAGUCGGAACUGCUGAAGGCAGAUGGCUUCUUGCUGAUUAGCUGACUUUUGAUCCCUCCACUUGAUUCCCUGGAGGUUUUGUUUAUUUCAGAAGGGAUAAGGUGGAAACAUCAUACAAUAAUAUAGUCCCAGCAUUAGCCCAUAAAGGAGCUAACAGUUUUCCCAGGAAAGCAUUUGAUUUGUUUUUAAAAGGCGGGGAGAAGACAAGAAACUGUUUGACUUUAUUUCAGCCAGCUUUUU